CACUUACCUCGUAAAUUGCACGUCGAUGUGUGUGUGUGUCCAUUUUCUCUAUUCUCUCUCGCACGUUUCACGUUGACAUUCCAAGGUGUAGUCAGUCCCCUAGUGGUCUUGGACUGUGUUUUUGAAUACCCCAAGUCAGUCUUUCUGUUCGUGGUUUUGAUCUGCGGUCUGCUUUCUGCUAUUCAAUGUCGGUUACAACUGUGAGAGUCAGCAAUGUUUCUUUUGGUGCUUCACAACAAGACAUCAAGGAGUUCUUUUCAUUCUCUGGGGAUUUAGAGUUUGUUGAGAUGAGAAGUGAGGACGAGCUGUCUCAAGUUGCUUAUGUCACGUUCAAGGAUCCUCAGGGUGCAGAGACUGCAGUUCUUCUUUCAGGAGCUACUAUUGUUGACCAGUCCAUCACAGUAGCCCUUGACCCUGAGUACCAGCUUCCGCCUACUGCUUCAGUGCCACCUAUAGCAACUGAAAUAAAAAAUGUAGCUGGAGCUGGAUCUGCUAUUCAAAAGGCAGAAGAUGUUGUGAGCAGCAUGUUAGCAAAGGGCUUUAUCUUGGGCAAGGAUGCAGUUAACAAGGCCAAAGCAUUCGACGACAAACACCAGUUCACGUCGACUGCCUCAGCCAAAGUUGCUUCUUUAGACCAAAAAAUUGGCCUUAGCGAGAAAAUCACUACAGGAGCAACCGUUGUGAAUGAAAAAGUGAAAGAAAUUGACCAGAAGUUCCAGGUUUCUGAAAAGACAAAAUCAGCAAUUGCAGCUGCUGAGCAGACAGUUAACAAUGCUGGAACUGUCAUCAUGAAGAACAGAUAUGUUUUGACUGGAACAUCAUGGGUAACUGGUGCUUUCAAUCGGGUUACCAAGGCUGCAGCUGAAGUUGGCCAGAAGACGAAGGAAAGUUUGGCGGAAGACCCUGCAGGCAAUUCAGCUGAUGCUCAAGUACACGUCUCCUCGGAAUCUCCAAAAGCUGCACCAAACGACGAACCUACCAAGGCCGUUUCGCCUAAGGGCUUAAUCCUUUAGCUUGCCUAAAAAUAUUUCUUAAUAACUGGUGCACAAUUUCACUUGUUUGAUUUGAACUUUAGUAUGUUAUUAUGUAUGGUUAGGUGCGCUAGUUAUACAAGGACCAUUGUUUAAUCUGGGAAUUGGGACCUUGAAUAUUCUUGCUGGGCCAUCUGAGUCCAUGUCAAAAGUUGAAUCUUUUUACCGUCCCUCAACUUGGGAGAAAAUUGUUAGAAUUUGGCUUUUGGGAGUAGCCAGUCGCCUGAAAUUGUGCUGCAACGAUUAUACAGACAAACCCAUUAGUUGAUUAGACUGGCCAUUUCUGAGUCUGUAGACAGGGAUAAGAAUUGCAGCCUAUGAUGAUCAGUAUGAAUUACACUUUGGAGAGGA